AUGGAGAAGGCAGCAGUCAAGAGCGAGGGUCUUGUGAUCCCGCUGAUCGAUUUCUCCAAAUUCCUCAAUGGAAAUCCAGAGCAGCGCAAGGAGACGGCAAAUGCGAUCCUCAAUGGAUUCCAGACUGCAGGAUUUGUCUAUUUGAAGGGACUGCCCUUUACGUCGGAAUAUCGCCAGAGCAUUUUUGACACAUCGGCCAAAUACUUCCGGUUGCCAAUGGAGACCAAAAUGUCGCACUGCUGGACAACAGCGGCAGCAAACCGAGGCUACUCGGCGCCCGGCCGCGAGAAGACGACAAACCUGACCGAUGCCAGCGACGUCGAGAAGCUGCGUCAGGGCAACCCGGACCUCAAGGAGUCGCUCGAGAUUGGUCGCGAGGGCGAGCCGGACCACCCGAAUCAGUGGCCCAAGGAAGAGGGCGAGCUGGUCGACUUCAAGGCCACCAUGACCAAGUUCCACGACGAGUGCAAGGGCCUGCACAUGGAGGUGAUGCGCGCCAUUGCCAUUGGUAUCGGCCUGGACGAGCACUAUUUUGAUGGCUUCACCGACGUUGGCGACAACACCUUGCGCCUCCUCCACUACCCCGAGGUUCGCAAGGACAUUUUUACCAUUAACCCGGGACAGGUUCGUGCCGGCGCCCACAGCGAUUAUGGCAGCAUCACCCUGCUGUUCCAGGACAUGAGGGGAGGUCUCCAGGUCCAGAGCCCCAACGGCACGUUUGUCGACGCAACGCCUAUUGAGAAUACGUGUGUGGUGAAUGCAGGUGAUCUGUUGGCAAGAUGGAGCAAUGAUACCAUUAAGAGCACGAUUCACCGUGUUGUUGAGCCACCCAGUGGAGAUGCUGAUGUGUACCCUGCCCGGUAUAGCAUUGCAUACUUUUGCAAUCCCAACUUCAAGAGCUACAUUGACACGAUUCCCGGAACUUAUGCUGUCGAGACUGACAAGAAGUAUCAGGGCAUCAACAGCGGUGUUUACCUGGAACAAAGGCUGGCGGCCACAUACUGA